AUGACAGUGGAAACUGAAUCCAGCAAUGUUGAUGACUCAAAUCAGGAAGCAGAGCCUGUCCAGCUUUUGGAUGAUGAAGCAAACAAAUAUCUACCAGUCAGAAAGAAGACUACGUGUUGCACAGGAUUGAAGAUGUUUCUCGCUGCUUUAUCAUUCAGCUACUUCAGUAAAGCAUUGUCUGGUACAAUUAUGAAAAGUUCCGUCACACAGAUUGAACGAAGGUUUGACCUUCCAUCCUCUACUGUUGGUUUCAUCGAUGGGAGCUUUGAGAUGGGUAAUUUGCUGGUGAUUGCGUUUGUAAGCUACUUUGGAGCUAAACUUCACAGGCCCAAAGUCAUUGCUGUUGGAUGCUUUACUAUGGCUUUGGGGAGUCUUUUAACAGCAAUGCCUCAUUUCUUCAUGGGAUAUUAUAAGUAUGAGACAACAUCACAUACAGCAUCUUCAGCCAACUUAACUUCAAGAAUAAAUCCAUGUUCCCUUCAUCAAGAUGUGAACAAAACCUUGUUGGAGGCUUCCAAAUCAGAUUGUGAAAAGGAACCAUCAUCAUACAUGUGGAUAUAUAUCUUACUGGGAAACAUGUUACGUGGGAUUGGUGAGACUCCAAUAACACCACUGGGCAUCUCUUAUCUUGAUGAUUUUGCUAAGGAAGAGGAUGUUCCUGUAUACGUAGCAUGUUUGCACACAAUAGGCAUGUUCGGCCCAAUGUUUGGUUUCCUGCUGGGAUCUUUAUGUGCAAAACUAUACGUGGAUGUUGGAUUUGUGGAUUUAGGAAGCAUCACUAUCACUCCACAAGAUUCCCGCUGGGUGGGUGCAUGGUGGCUUGGUUUUUUAAUAGGUGGAGUGAUGAGUUUCCUAGCUGCUAUUCCAUUUUGCUUCCUGCCAAAGAGUCUGAAAAGGCCAGCGGAAGCUAAUCAUGACAAAACUUCAUCUAGUCUCCUGGAAAACAUGGGAGCCAUAAGGAAGACACUUACUCCCGCAGAACCUAAGCCAAUGAAGUGGUCAACAAUGAUGAAAGAUUUCUAUACCUCCCUGAAAAAAAUAUUGAGUAAUCGAAUGUACUUUACAUUUUUGUGUUGCUCACUGUUACAGUUCAGUAGCUUUAUUGGUUUCUUGACUUACAAGCCAAAGUACAUGGAACAGCAGUAUGGACAAUCUACAUCUAAAUCUAACUUUCUAAUAGGACUGACAUCCUUACCCCCUGUUGGUAUUGGGAUUUUCCUAGGAGGGCUCAUAAUGAAAAAGUAUAAAAUGGGCAUCAUUGGAGCAACCAAGUUUGCAUUUAGUAUGUCAUUUUUGGCUUAUGUCCUCACUCUCUUGCACUUUUUUGUUGGCUGUGAGAACCAUGUGGUAGCAGGAAUAACAGUGUCCUAUGAUGGCAAACCAAUUCCAUACCAUGAAAAUGCUAUGUUCUCUGACUGCAAUUCUGACUGCAAAUGUGCCACCAAUGUGUGGGAUCCUGUAUGUGGGGACAACGGACUGACAUACAUUUCGGCAUGUCUAGCUGGGUGUACAACUUCAGUGGGACAUGGAAAGAGCAUGGUCUUCCAUAACUGCAGCUGUCUUGAAGCCAGCAGUUCAUGGUCAGGAAACAACUCUGUCACCUUGGGGCAAUGUCCCAAAAGUGAUGAUUGUUCAAUGAAGUUUAUUUAUUAUACAGUAAUACAAGUCAUAAGUGGCUUUUGUUAUGCGUUGGGAGGCACGCCAGCAUACAUGAUUAUCUUUAGAUGUGUUCAGCCAGAGUUGAAAUCUCUUGCAGUUGGUCUAUACACACUCAUUAUGAGAAUGCUAGCUGGGAUUCCUGCUCCAGUUUAUUUUGGUGCGCUGAUUGACAAAACAUGCUUGAAAUGGGGAAGCAGAAGCUGUGGGCAGCGGGGGGCUUGCAGGUUAUACGACUCCAAUGCAUACAGGUAUGUCUACCUUGGUUUAUCAGCAUUGUUGAGAGGUCCUUCCUACUUGCUUGCGAUCCUUUUCUUUAUAUUUUUGAAGAAACACUUUCAAAAUAAGAACUCCAGACCUACAGAGAAUGGAGGAAAAGAAGAUGUUCCCAUGAAUAAAGAUGAUAAUUGCAAGAGCAAAGAAAAUUUGGCGGGUUCUCUUGAUGCAGAGAACGAAUCAUGUAUUUAG